AAACCACAACCAACGAUUGAAUGGAUUGAUAAUAGAGGUCAACCGAUAGGUCAUGAUUCGAAGCGCUUUAAGGUUAUCAGUAAAGAUAAUCAAACAUCACUCACGAUAUUGGGCGCUCAGAUCGAAGAUGAAGGGAAUUUCACGCUUCGAAUUACUAACAAGUUUGGUUUUGACACGUGCGAAAUACCUAUUCAGGUAAUUGAUUAUCCUGAUAGACCUGGGCGACCUAUCGUAUGUGAACAAAGCCUUUGUUUAGUUCGACUUAUGUGGGCUACUUCGGGACAAGAAAGUACAAGUCCAAUCAUCUACGUCAUUGAACAACGAAGGGAAGAUGAAGAUGUGUGGCAAAAGGUUGAUGCUGUAAAGCAAUCUUCCACUACAAUCUGCAAUCUUCAAGUCAACCACAUUUAUAAAUUUCGUGUUCGUGCAGAAAACAACUUUGGUCAAAGCGACCCAUCAGAGGAAUCUGAAUCGAUAUUUGUGCCAGAUCCAAAGUAUCGUAAAGAAAACGAUCAUGUGCUUGCCGAUAACUGUAGCAAAUUUAUCACAGACAUUAAACCUUCAGAAUAUAGAACGAUUGAUGUCACUAGACUUCCGAAUGAUUUUGAAGCAAAGUAUAUCUUGUGCGAAGAGCUUGGUCACGGUUCAUAUGCGACAAUUUAUCGAACUAUUGAAAAAUCAACAGGUAAAAACUGGGUAGCAAAAAUUGUUAAAGUUCGGCCAGGAAUUAAAAAAGAUAGCGUACUUCACGAAAUCAAUAUAAUGAACCAACUUCAUCAUGAGAAACUUUUGAAUCUACAUGAAGCCUUUGAUCUUGGCAGCGAAAUGUAUCUCGUCGAAGAACUUGUAUCUGGCGAUGAAUUGCUGGAUAAAAUUUUCAAAGAUGGUGGGUCGAUAAAUGAAAACGACAUUCGUAAUUAUGUGCGCCAAAUUCUUCAAGGAAUACAGCAUAUGCAUAGUAAAGGAAUCGCUCAUCUCGAUUUGAAGCCAGAAACCAUUGUACUGCAAUCAGAAAACAGUAAUCAGAUCAAAAUAAUUGAUUUCGGAUUAGCAAGAAAGAUUGAUCCAACAAAAAAUUGCAAAUUAUUGUUUGGCACUGCUGAAUACUGUGCUCCUGAAAUUAUUAAUUCUGAGCCACUCAGUCUGAGUGUGGAUAUGUGGGCUGUGGGAGUGAUAACCUAUGUUAUGUUGUCUGGAAUAUCACCGUUCGCAAGUGCUAAUGAUGCAGAAACUUUGGCAAAUGUUGCUGCAGGUGAUUGGAAUUUUGAUGAUGCAAGCUGGAACAAUGUAUCGGAUAUGGCAAAAGAUUUUAUAAGUCGUUUAAUGCUCAAAGAUAAAAGAAAGCGAUUAACCGUAACAGAGAGCUUAAAUCAUCCAUGGAUCAUGGAAUUGGGCCAAGAUAUUCAAAAUAUAACUUUAAGACAAAUUAAAAACUUUUUGCCAACGAUAAAAUAUUCUGGUGACGAUUUAUUGCCACUUGGGCGCCUCGUUCAUCGAGGUAGUUUGUUCAGACAAAUCUCUAUGGAUGGUGUUUUUGAAAGAAAUGUUACAUUCGAUGAAGAAUAUCCUCCGAAGGUUCUCAAGCCAUUGGAAAAUAUGACUGCUAAUAUUGGGAUUUCGGUCAUACAACUAAUUUGUAGUAUCGAUGGAUCACCGUCUCCAAAACUUCAGUGGUUCAAAGACUCACACGAAUUAAUUCAACCAUCCAAGAAGUACAACAUGAGUUUCAUUAAUGGAACAGCAGAAUUGUCUAUCAAAGAUAUUGAGGAAGUGGAUGCCGGAUUGUAUUCGGUUACUGCGACAAAUGAGUUAGGCUCAAUUCAGUGUGAAGCAAAAUUAAUUGUGCAGCACCAGCAAACGACAAAGCGAUUCGAAAACGAACUUGAAAUUACACUUCCUAAUUUCCAUCGAAAAUUGACAAAUGCAGUCGUAAAAAUCGGUGAACCAGUUCUUCUCUGUGCUAGCAGUAAUUGUGAACCACAGUUAGAUGUCAAGUGGUAUCGUAACAAUGAACCGAUUGAUAUCAAUAGCGCAAGAUAUGUGACAAGGAGCAACAAAGGUCAUAAAAAUGAAAAUGAAAAUUUUUUCGACAGAUUUUGCAGCCGAAGCCACUAUUGGAGCUAA